AUGGCUUCUUACCACACUCGAUCUUUCAGUUUCCCCUCAAACUCUCACCCCGUUUCUGAGCAGUUGGAUCAACAAUUGAACAGAUUGAGAUCAUCUCAAGCUGCUUCUACCUCAUCCCUUACAAGCAAACUUAGUGGCCUUAAUGAUUUAUACAAGUGUGUUGAAGAGUUUCUUCAACUACCCAAAAAUCAGAAAACCGUAUCUCAAUCUCAGCAAGUAUUAGAUGGAUCUCUAAGACUUAUUGAUAUUUGCUCAACGUCUCGAGAUGUCUUGGCAGUGUCAAAGGAACAGAUCCAAAACAUUCAAUCAGUUCUUCGAAGAAGAUGCAGCGGUGAACUUGACAUUACUAAUGAAGUCACUGAAUAUCUAAAAACCAGAAGAGCUUCUAAGAAGACAAUCAAGAAGUGCUUGAAAGACAUUAAAGCAAAAAGUAGCUGGUCUAUCUCUAAACUUGUUCGCCAAAGAUCUGAGAAGGAAGUUGCAACUUCUUUUGAUGCUGUUGAUGCUAUUCUUGUGAAGAAAGUGAACGUUGAUAUGUCACAACUAGUAAAUUUAGAGUCAGAAAUUCAAGAAAUUGACGAAGUUUUGGAAUCCUUGUUUAGGCAUUUGGUGAAGACCAGAUCAACUCUUCUCAAUGUCAUUAGCAACUAG